AUUUGCAUCGCCGUCAUCGGAGAUGAAUAAAACAAUGAGGAGUUCAAUAGUUGAAGAGAAGGCUCUCACAGGCUCACAGAGAAUGCCUGCGAAGCAAAUGGCUAGAUCCAAAUCCCCAGUGCUUCCCCUGCUUCUGGCUCUCCUCGCCCUCUCCCUCAUCUUCCUACUCUUCUCCUUCCACAGCCCCUCCCCCGCCGACCCCUCUGCCAUCCUCCACCCUAACCAACCCACUUACAAACCCGAAACCUCCUCCGUCGCCUCCCUCGAGCGCUUCCUCCUCGCCCACAAAUCCCGCCCUUUCAAGCCCCGCGAUGACACCGUCCUCACCACGCCCACCCAAUCCCAACUCAAGCACCUGGACGAUCUGGUCUUCCAGAGCGACAGCCACAGGUUGUACGCCGAUCCAUACUACCCGCUUAGCUUGCCCAUGAGGGUUUACGUGUACGACAUGCCCAGCAAGUUCACUUACGAUCUCCUCUGGCUCUUCCGAAACUCUUACAAGGAGACCUUCAAUCUCACCUCUAAUGGCAGCCCCGUCCACCGCCUCAUUGAGCAGCAUUCAAUCGAUUACUGGCUUUGGGCGGAUUUGAUAGCUCCGGAGUCAGAGAGGCUGUUGAAAAGCGUAGUGAGAGUGCAUAGGCAGGAGGAGGCAGACCUCUUCUACAUCCCAUUCUUCACCACCAUCAGCUUCUUCUUACUGGAGAAGCAGCAAUGCAAAGCACUUUACAGGGAAGUUGUCAAGUGGGUCACUGAUCAGCCUGCCUGGAAUCGAUCCCAAGGACGGGAUCACAUUCUUCCUGUUCACCAUCCCUGGUCUUUUAAGUCUGUUCGCCGCCUCAUGAAGAAUGCAAUUUGGUUGCUUCCUGAUAUGGACUCCACUGGCAACUGGUACAAACCUGGACAAGUCUAUCUGGAGAAAGAUCUAAUUCUUCCUUACGUUGCAAAUGUUGAUUUUUGUGAUGCAAGAUGCAUAUCCAAGACUCGAUCCAAGAGAACAACAUUGCUCUUUUUUCGCGGCCGGCUUAAAAGAAAUGCUGGAGGGAAGAUACGCUCACAACUUGUAGCAGAACUAAGUGGUUCUGAGGGUGUAGCUAUAGAGGAAGGGACAGCAGGAGAAGCAGGAAAGGCAGCAGCUCAGAAUGGAAUGCGCAAGUCUGUCUUUUGCUUAAGUCCAGCUGGUGAUACUCCAUCCUCUGCUAGAUUGUUUGAUGCCAUUGUUAGUGGUUGCAUACCAGUUAUAGUUAGUGAUGAACUGGAACUUCCUUUUGAAGGAAUACUAGAUUAUAGGAAGAUAGCUUUAUUUAUUUCUUCUAGUGAUGCUGUACGACCAGGUUGGCUUGUAACAUUUCUAAGAAACAUUAGCCAUGCUCAAAUAGAGGAAAUGCGUCAGAAUCUUGCCAAGUACUCAAGACAUUUCCUCUACUCAAGUCCAGCCCAGCCCUUGGGUCCGGAAGACUUGGUUUGGAGAAUGAUGGCUGGUAAGUUGGUUAAUAUAAAGCUUCACACCCGGAGAUCUCAACGAGUGGUGAAAGAGUCGAGAAGUAUCUGCACUUGUGAUUGCAAGCGUGCCAACUCUACAACCGCAGGUCACUUGUAACUGUAAUUAAAGAUAUAUGAAAAAACAAAAACAAAACCAUAUUUUCAUCACAAGGAACAACCGGGAAGAACAGCCGUUAUUUUCAUUCUUCAAUCCGGAUCUCAGAGGCGGCAACGAUUUGUAGCAUGGGGGUGUAGGGUAAGAUUAGGGAUGGGCAAAUACCCAUCAGUUUUGGGUAACCGCAGUUAUCCACCCAUCUAAAUUUCGCGGUUACGGUUAUGGGUAACCGUUUAGAUAAUUAAAUGGUUAUGGGUAUAACCGUUUACCCGUAAAAUUUAAAUGACAGUUAUGGGUAUUAACCGCGGUUAUAACCGUUACCCAUUUACCCGUUUAUUUUAAUAGAUAUAUAAAUUCUCAUGCUUUGAACCAUUUGCUAGUAUUCACCUCUCGGUAUUUCUGGACUAGGAAAUUGGUCCACAAUAUAUCAAGUUGGCAUGCAUUCAGACUUA